AUGACCGUUAUUGUUGCUGGGAUAGUCAACAAACAGGGGGGCAUUGUCCUCUCGCGGCACUUCAACGACAUCACUCGCGUUCGUGUUGAGGGCCUUCUUUCCGCCUUCCCUCGGUUGAUGGAGGCAUCGACUAACAAGCAAGUGACGUACGUCGACGCGGGUGCAGUCCGUUACGUCUACCAGCCACUGGAUGAUUUAUUUCUUGUGCUUAUAACCACGCGCAGCAGCAACAUUGUGGAGGACCUCGACACGCUGCAUCUCAUGGGUCGCCUUAUUACGGAGCACGUCGGAACAGUGAGCGAGGUGUUUUUGCAGGAGAAGGCUUUCAAGGUGUUCUUUGCUUUGGACGAAGUGAUCGUUGGAGGCCGGCGUGAAAACACAACCACGGAGCAGAUACAAACCUACCUGGAGAUGCAGUCACACGAAGAAAUGAUGGUCCGAGAAGAGAAGCGGUUGCAAAUGGAACGUGCGAAGAAGGACGCAUCGCGUAAAGCGCACGAACUACGCGACAAACGUCAACGCGGACUGAACCCGUACACCGGUAUCGGCUCAGACAGCGUAGGUUAUGGCAGUGGGGGAGCAGCAGUGAGUGUAAGCCGACCCGCGGCUGAGGCAAGCAGUCGGAUAGAUACUAUGGAUGAAUUGGGUCCCACUCGAAUAGCUGGGAUGGCGAGCGGAAGUGCUGACUCUUUGUCCGGCCGAAAGGUUGGCCGCGGCGGUGGUUUGGCGCUUGGAGUUGCGAGAAAAGCCGAUAUCACUUCACGUGUGCUGCAAGAAGCCGGAUUACCGGUGGGUGCGGUUGCAACCAAGCUGCCGGUAGGGGAUGCAGGGGCUGCAGCAAAGGCACCGGAGUUUGAUGGCCCAAUCGAGGGUAUUCACGUUGUCGUGGAGGAGAAAAUUAGUGCUACCCUCGAUCGUGAUGGCGCAAGCGGUCCCGUCGAUGUGCGCGGCGAGCUUUCCGUACUUGUCAACGACCCGCACCUGGCAAACGUGAAGUUGAUGCUUUCUCCAACAAGCGACGAGUUCUCAUUCCGUGCUCACGCUAAGGUGCACAAGGAAAUAUUCGCAGAAGACCGUGUCUUAGCGAUGCGGGAAAACAAACCGUUCCCUGUCCACCAGCCCGUCACAAUCUUACGCUGGCGACUCAACAACUCUUCCGGUGUUCAGCCCCCUCUUACGUUUUCUUGCUGGCCCAACGCUGGGAGCAUUACAGUUGAGUAUGAAAUAUCCAAUGCGGAUUUGGUUGAACAGGGAUUAUGCGACGUGCGCGUGACGCUUCCUCUACGUGGUGCGGUCGCUGCUACGGUGGAGUCGACGACUGGUUCGUGUAGCACUCAGGAGGACUGUGUGGUGUGGCAGAUCCCCCAAGUGAGCAACCAUGUGAAUGCAAGCGGAAACUGUGAGGUGGUACUCGCCGAUCCCGAUUGCGCUGCAUCCGGCGCCGACGAAGUGUUUUUUCCGGUUGAUGUUACCUUCAAAACGCGAGCAACCGCUGCACACGUGCGUGUGCUGGAGGUCGUGCAGACGGAGAACGGAGUACCGGUGAAAUUCACUCAAGAGACGCAACUCACUGCGGAAGGAUACAACGUACAGUAA